ACUGGACUAUUCACUGCAAAUGAAAGACCACAGAAAUGUGUUUUAAAACUUUCCCCUUCGCCAGGCGAUAACCUGCGUUUUCCUGUACACCAGCUUUUCGUACCCGGAGACUGCGCGGAGUGUUUUUUUUAAACAAAUGUAGCUUUUCUUUAAACGCCGUUUGUCGGACAGAGAUUUCAGCUAGCGCGUUAGCUAGCGAGGUUUGAGUGACAGGCUUCUGACGGGAAAAGUGAUCCGUCUUGGUCUAACGGAACUGACUUUUCCAGUUUACGCCAACCUCAGAAAACGUUUGGAGUUUUGUGAAUAAACAUUUCAACAGAAGGUGUGUGUGUGUGUGUGUGUAUGUAUGUGUGUUUGUGUGUGUGUGUUUUCAGGUUUGUGUGAUUUUGCCAAAAUGCACCAUCAUCAGCAGAGGAUGGCAGCUUUAGGGACAGACAAAGAGCUCAGCGACUUAUUGGACUUCAGCGCAAUGCGAAACAACGAUUUGAAAACGUUCCCAACAUCAAUGAUGUUUUCUCCUCCGGUUAGCAGUGGAAAAAAUGGACCAACGUCUCUGGGAAGUGGGCACUUCUCCGGCCCAACUGUGGAAGACAGAGCGAGCUCAGUGUCCUGGGGAAACGGCAGCCGUAUCACAAAGGUUUAUGUGGAUGGUUCACAAUACACUCACAUGGCCGGUCGGGACCAGGCAUCGCACGAAAGCAUCUCUCCACCCUACGUGAACUCAAGACUGACAGGUAAAGCAGAAAGAGCGUCAUACUCAUACAGUCGCGACCCGAACCUUCAGGGCUGCCACCAGCAGGGUAUCAUGGGAGGAGAGAUGGGAAUGGUGAGUCCCGGGACAGUUUCCCCCACUAAACCAGGUUCUUCUCAGUAUUAUCAGCACUACAGCAGCAACCAGCGCAGAAGGCCGCUGCAUAGCGACUCUAUGGAGGUUCAGACAAAGAAAGUACGCAAAGUUCCACCGGGCCUGCCCUCUUCGGUUUACGCACCACCUGCCAGCACCGCAGAUUAUAACCGAGACUCGCCGGGCUAUCCGAGUUCCAAAGCCGCCAGUGGCAGCUUCCCCAGUUCCUUUUUUAUGCCAGAUGGUCAUCACAGCUCAGACCCAUGGAGCUCAUCGAGUGGUAUGAAUCAGGCAGGUUACAGUGGCAUGCUGGGAAAUUCCUCCCACGGCCCUCAGAGCAGCAGCUACUGCGGCUUGCACCCACACGAGAGACUGAGUUAUCCAUCACAUUCCUCGGCUGAGAUCAACCCCAGUCUUCCUCCGAUGUCUUCUUUCCAUCGCAACAAUGGUACAAAUCACUACAGCACUGCCUCCUGCACCGCUACCACAAACGGAACAGACAGUGUUAUGGCUAAUCGAGCACCAAGCAGCGCAGGAAUCAGCUCACAGACUGGAGACGCAUUAGGAAAGGCCCUGGCUUCAAUCUACUCCCCUGAUCACACCACUAACAGCUUCUCCUCCAACCCCUCCACCCCAGUGGGAUCUCCGCCAUCUCUCACAGCUGCAAGUUCAGCAGUUUGGUCCAGAAAUGGUCAAGGAGCUUCAUCUCCUAACUACGAGCCUCCACUGCACUCACUGCAGAAUCGUAUAGAGGAUCGACUGGAGAGACUGGACGACGCGAUUAACGUUCUUCAAAGGCACGCGGUUGGCCACGGCGACCUGCACAACCUUAUCACGCCAUCGCACGCACACUCGCAUUCACACUCACACUCGCACACCCACAACGGCGCUCUGGGUUCAAGCUACAGCUCCAGCCUGCUUCCUUCCAACAGACAUUCACUCAUGAUCGGGUCUCACCGCGAGGACGGAGUCGGGUUGCGUAGCGCGCACUCCAUUGUGCCCAAUCAAGUAUCCGUUCCUCAACUGCCAGUUCAGUCUGCCACUUCACCAGAGCUCAACCAGCCUGAUCCAUACCGGGCACUCUCCGGCGGCCUGCAAGGACAGAGCACCUCUUCAGUGAGCUCAGACAUCAAGUCGGAGGAUGAAGGAGACGAGAACUUGCAAGAGGCCAAACUGCUGGAUGGGAAAAAGGAGGACAUGGACAGCAAGGAGCUAAAAGCUUUAGAGAGGGUCACUGGGAGUCUGGUUUUCCUGAAAUCACUGGCAUCAGUCACCCCAGACCCACCCACCCAAUCCAGCCAGUCAUGUCUGCAUGUAGAUGGUGAAGCAGCCUAUAGGACCGAUGGGGAUUCAAACCAUGGAUCCCAAAGCAACAACGAUGAUGAGGACCUGACUCCAGAGCAGAAGAUCGAGCGCGAGCGCGAGAGGAGGAUGGCGAACAAUGCGCGAGAGCGUCUGCGCGUGCGAGACAUAAACGAGGCGUUUAAGGAGCUUGGGCGUAUGGUACAGCUGCACCUGAAGAGUGAUAAACCACAGACCAAACUUCUCAUCCUGCAUCAAGCCGUCGCCGUCAUCCUCAGCCUUGAGCAGCAAGUCAGAGAGAGGAACCUGAAUCCAAAAGCUGCCUGUCUGAAGAGAAGAGAAGAGGAGAAAGGGUCUUCGGAUGCCCCGUCUCUGUCGAUGAGUGGAGCACACCACAGCAUGGGCGACGCCUCCAAUCCAAUGGGACAAAUGUAAAAAGCCACCCUCCUCCUCCCUACAAUGGUCAAAGCUGCCAGACUUUAUGAAAAUGAUGACUGACCACUUCCUUUGACGACAUCAUUUCCUCUCCUGAAAGUCUGUUACAAAAAUCAGAUCCGGUCAGAUCAAUCAAUCAAUCAAUCAGAUGACCAAAUUUCUCAAUUUCGUUUUGGUCAUUCUUCUUCAUAUC